UAGUUUCAUAUCUUACUUUCUCAUCAACAUUAUAUUUCAGCUUUCCUUCUAAUUCUUCCAUAUUUCUUCUACCUAUACCCUUUUAAUUUUCUUGCUACAUAUUUCUGUUUUUUUCUUCUUCCAUAUUUGGACAAUCCUGAUUUUCUAUUAAGGCUUAUUCAAAAAAAAAAAAAAUCUUGAAACCAAGACCUCUGGAUCGAAGAAAUCUCUCUCUCAUCCAUUCCAAUCCCACCUCCUUUUGUUCAUUUUUAUGAUAUGGGAGACUCUGAAGCUAAUCUUCUUCCUGUACUGGAGGGAGAAGAAAAACUGAUUGCUGCUGCACAGCAGAUUGUUAAAGCAUUGCAAAAUAAAAAGGAUUUAACACAUGAUGCAAGAAAAAUCCUGGCUGAUUUAGGCUCUCAAUUAAUGUCUUCCAUUACCAAAGUAGAAGAUGACAAACUUUGUAGUACUGAAGACACUACAGAGAAAUCGAAAUCGAAAUUGGAUGAGCUUGAGGAGCAGCUUAACAUACUGCAGAAUAAGGUGAUGAGUUGGGAGGAGGUAAAUCAUGAAUCAGUUAUAUGGGAUUGUGGUCAAGAAUAUGUAAUUGAUUAUUUAAGAUCUGUCGAUGAAGCUCGAAAAUUGACUGAACAGUUAGAGAGUACUUUGGAGGUUGAUAAAGAUAGUAAAGAGGAAGAGCUUUUAUGCAGGGCUCAGGAAGUUGUUCGAAUAGCAAUGAAUUGGCUUGAAGAGGAGUUUAGGCAUUUGCUUGUUCAGAACAAGCAGCCUUUCGAGCCUGAGCAUAUGUCUUUUCGUUCAAACGAAGAUGAUGAGGGUUCUAUUGCUUCAUUUGGAGAUGAUUCAGUAGAGGAUGUGGUUCAAAGGGAUAGCAUGAGUAGACGUUCGGAGGAAUAUGUCGUUGAACUUGUACAUCCUGAUGUGAUUCCUGAUUUAAGGUGUAUCGCGAAUUUGAUGUUCAAUUCGAAUUAUAGUAGUGAGUGUUCUCAAGCAUUUGUUAAUGUUAGGAAAGAUGCAUUGGAUGAUUUCUUAUUCAUUCUUGAAGUGGAUAAGUUGAGUAUUGAUGAUGUGGUGAAGAUGGAAUGGAACUCAUUGAACUCGAAAAUCAGGAGGUGGAUAAGGUGUAUGAAGAUCUUUGUGCGCGUUUAUCUUGUUAGUGAGAAAUGGUUAAGUGAUCAAAUUUUUGGUGAACUAGAACAUUCAGUCAGUUCAAUAUGCUUUGUUGAGUCUUCAAAAGGUUCAAUAUUGCAUCUUUUGAAAUUUGCUGAAUCAGUAGCUGUUGGACCUCAUCAACCAGAGAAAUUGAUUCGGAUUCUUGACAUGUAUGAGGUUCUUUCAGAUCUCAUCCCGGAUAUUGAUGUUAUGUUCUCUGAUGAUCAUGCUGGAUUAUGUGUUAGAACAGAAUGCCAAGACAUUCUCAGAAGCUUGGCUGGUUGUGCAAGGACAACUUUUCUUGAAUUUGAAAAUGCUAUUGCUUCAAGCGUAUCAGAAAAACCUUUUCGUGGUGGUGGAAUACACCACCUCACGAGGUACGUUAUGAACUACAUGAAAACUUUAACAGAUUAUAGCAAGAUCCUCAAUGAGCUACUGAAGGGAGACGAGGAAGAUUCAUCAGAAGAUCACAUGACGCAGGAUAGGGAAGAAGAAGAAGAAGAAGAAGAUAACAGUAACAGAUCAAGUUGUUACAUUUCUCCGUUGGCUCAAUAUUUUAGAUCCUUCACUUCAAUUUUGGAAUGCAACCUUGAUGACAAGUCCAAGUUAUACAAGGAUGAAUCAUUAGGUCACCUUUUCUUGAUGAAUAAUAUUCAUUACAUGGCUGAAAAGGUGAAGAAUUCUCAUGAUCUAAGAACAAUACUAGGCGAUGAUUGGAUUCGUAAACAUAAUUGGAGAUUCCAACAGCAUGCAAUGAACUAUGAGAGAGCUACUUGGAGUUCCAUCCUCUCGUUACUUAGGGAUGAAGGGCUUCAUAAUCCAGGAUCUAAUUCUAUAUCAAAAACUCUGCUGAAAGAGAGACUGCAAUGCUUUUAUGUUGCAUUUGAUGAAGUUUACAAGAGCCAGACAGGUUGGUCGAUUCAAGAUAGCCAACUUCGUGAUGAUCUACGAAUCUCAACGUCUCUCAAGGUUAUCCAAGCAUAUAGGACUUUUGUUGGAAGGCACAGUAAUCAUAUUAGUGAUAAACAUAUUAAGUACAGCGCCGAUGAUAUGGAAAAUUUCUUGAUGGAUCUGUUUGAGGGAUCUCCAAGAUCAUUACAUGCUUCUUCUCAUAGGGGAAAAUGAGAUUUGAAGGUUUCUUCAUUCUCAAUUUCUCUUGUACAUUUGUAAAACAUGUCCAUUUUAUAUUAGGUUGAUUGUUUCAUUCUUGUAGAGUACCUCUUUCCCUAAUGUAUUUAUUACUAGUAAAAACGUUUUGAUACUGGAAUUCUGUAUUUCA